AUGUCCGCCAACGCCAAUCCCAACCCACUGCAACCGUCCCCAACGCUCAAUCUGUUCGUAUCACCACCGCUGUUCUUAUCAACGGCCUCUCUUGCCUCCGAUUCAUCUUUCUCGACGUCGUCCUUGUCGUCAAAUGAACCCCAAUCUCCAUUCCAACCCGGUUUCAAAUACAAUGGCUUGCUGGGACCAAAACACCCAACACCCAAACCCAAACCUCGCCCCCAACGUUCGUCCGUCCACAACGAACGCCAUCGUAAUACCCGCGAUUCUUCCAAUUCGAAAACGCCACAACUUCUCCCGUCGGUUGAACAUCGACCUCUAACUCUACCGCGCGGAUGUCCUCCACCUCCGUCUUUUGAACCCACGCGUUUCCUUUAUUACUGCCCUACUGACCACCAGUGGUUCCACGCCGACGGUUCAGACAAGGACGGUGGCUGCCCGCGCCACGCCAGGGACUGCAACUUUAUACACCCUACCGACUUUGAGUGGAAUCAGCACCGGGCCAACGCGAGAAGCAGGAGCAGGAGUCGAAGCAGGAGCAGGAGUCCGCAUAGGCGGAGGAAUUACAGUCCCGAACGACGAGAUAGACGCUACGGUCAUCGAAGAUCACCAAGCCCGUCACCAUCGAGGAGGGAUAGAAGAGAUUCUAUCUCUUCGAGUGUUAACUCACCACCAUUGGCCCACCGGCUGCACUCGACAAUGAAUCCUCCACCCGGUUCAGCGGCUAGUACUUCGAGUUUUGGACCGGCUACUGGGAGCACGGCAAGUUUUGCGGGGUCGCCGACCAAUGCUGGGGCCGGUAGACCGCUACUGUCGAGGAUCGAUACGAGCAUGGACCCCGCGGUACCGGGGUUGGGUUCAGCUGCACCGGGCUCAGCAAGACCUUCGGUCUCUGCGCGAGGAACACCGACCUUGACACCAAACGUCCCUGCAUUCGCAGCGUCUUCGAAACUGGGACCACCACCGCCUGUACCCGAAGCACCUGGAUUCGACAUGGUGGUCACGUCGCCCGUGGAGUCGCCUAUCGGUGAAGGAGAGGACGAGGAGGGUGGAUCGGAGGAUACCAUCGUCGUUAUGGGUGAGGACGGGAAAGAGAAGGAGAUUCGCUUGUCGAAGAGACAAGGCAAGCGGUGGAAGAUGUGGACGAAGAGGAUAAACAAGCUAGCGGAAGCGGUUCGAGUGCAAAAAGAGAUUGAGGAUAUUGAAGCGGAUGCGACGCUGUAUGACCGGUUCAACGAGCUGACGCCUGCCGAGUUUGGUGUUACAGGCCCGGAUUCGUUCUCUAUGAAAGCCCGAAUACAAGAAAAUCUAGCUAAACAGGCUGCGGCUAGACGCGAAGCAGAGGCGAGGCUUAAUAGGCUGGUCACCGACCUCAUCAAGUCUUCGUCCGACGAACCGCAAGCCUCGUCGUCCAAAGCCACCACCACCGCCACCGCCGACGCAACCACCAAACCUCCCGAACCCACCACCACCUCCCCGUCAAACGACGACGACGACGACGACGAAGCGUACUGGCCCAUCUCCCCGCACCAGCUUGAAGUCGAAGCCCAACUUGAAUCACGGUAUGCCGAGCUCGCGAAAUACGUGAGCGAGUUGAGGGGUAUAGCGCAUGAGAUGAAUGCGGCGCUGGUUCAGCAUACGGAGGCGCAGCUGCGGAUCGCUGCGAGAGCGGGUGUGGAUGUGGGGGUUGAUGUGAAUGUUGUGCCGUGGAUUUGGGACAAGCCGCCGAGUGCGCCUGUUGUUGGUGGGGUUGUUGGUGGGGGUGAGGAUGGGGAGGGAGAGGGAGAGAGUGAGGGCGAGGAGGGAGAAGGAGAGGAAGGGGGAGAGGAAGGAGAGCAGGAAGGUGCGGGUGAGGAUAGGAUGGAUGUUGAUGAGUCUGUGGCGGGCGAGACGACGACGACGACGACGACAACGCGCAAACGGAAGAGGAGACGAUUAAAUUCGUAUGAUGGGACGACGCAGCCUCCAUCCUCGUCCACGUCCACGCCAACGCCAACGCCGAAUCUCGUCCAACCCUCCGCCCACCAAAACCAAUCACUCGACCAGCAAGAACAAGCACUCUCCUCCUACCACCGGCAUAUCGCCAAGCUUCAAGAACAGGUAGAGGAGAAGACUUUGGAGAAGAUUGAGCUUUUGGAGGGUAAGGUGGGUGAGGUGGAGAAUCUUGUGUUGCAGUUGGAGGAUCAGGUUAGGGAUCAGGUUGAGGAUGAGAUUGAGGCGAAAUUUAGGGAGUUGAGGGUUGAGUUGGGGGUUGAUGGGGAGGAGGGUGCGGAGGGUGUGCAAGGUGGGAGUGUGCAAGGUGGGGAGAGUGGGGAAGGUGGGGAGAGUGGGGAGGGGGUACAGGACGCGGAAGGACAAGGAGAAGGAGAAGGGAAGGGGGUAGGACAAGGAGCUGAGGACGGACGGGGUGAGGUGGAUAAGGAUGGGGAUUUGGCGAUGGGCGAGGCUAGACCUCAGGUUCAUCCGCCACAUCCACCACCAGACCACCAGGGCCAACACCACCCACCCGCCGCUGCCUCUUCUUCCUCGUCUUCCGCCCCUUCAGCUGAAUCCUCCGCUGCCGCUGCCGCCGUUGCUGGACCUCCUGCCCGCGUUCCGACCCCGCCGAUACCCACUGAAGCGUACAGUCUUGCGUCUAUGACGGAGAAGUUGUAUGUUGUGGAGAGGGAUACUGUGCAGGCGAGUCGGGAUUUGGAUGAGAUGGUGGGAUAUUUGGUGGAUUGGGGACGGAGGUUGGAGAAGGUUGAGAGGGAGUGGGGUGGGGAGGUUCAGGCUGUUGGGAGGGCGUUGGGUAAAAGAGCUGAGAUUGAGAGGCGGAUGACGGCCCUUGCGCAGAAGCAGGAUGAGGAUCGGAAAGCGUUGAUGAGUUUACAGGAGUACGUGCGUGCGCAGGCGAAGGCGUCUGUACAUGCUCCUGUGGCGUCUACCUCUUCCGCUCCCUCCACCUCUCCACCCACAACAACAACAACUACAACUACCACCACUACAACGCAACAACCAGCAACCGCCCCUCCCUCCCCACCCGCCUCCCCACAGCUCCCACCACGCGAAAUCCUCCUCGCCGCGAUCGAAGAGCCGUUAACUGACGUGCUAAGGGAGGCUGCGAAAGAGAUUGUGGAGGGUUUUAGGGAUGGGUUGGCGCAGAAGCUGCAGAGGGAUGUUGGGGGGUUGGUGCAGGGUGUUUGGGAGAGGGUGAAGGGGACUAUGGUUGUGCUUGAGGGUGUUGAGGGGAGGUUGAAGAGUGCGGGGGUUGUUGGUGGGGUGGGUGGGGGGAGUGGUGCGGGUGCGAGUGCGGGUGUAGGUGUGGGUCAUGGGACGGGUGGGGGUCAUGGUACGGGUGUGGGUGCCAGUGGGAGUAAUGGAGUCCAAGUUAAUGGUGUUGUUCAAUCUGCUGUUGUUGUUGGUUCGAAUGGGGCGAGUUAG